GUCCGAGUUGCUGCUCCUGUCACCAUGGAACAGGCAAUGCUCGCUGACCAGUGCGGCCACAGCAGAGCAGAGCAUCAGCACCAGAACCAGAACCAGAACCAUAACCAGAAUCAGCACCAAUCGCGUCAUCCCCUUCGCAAGGCAGGUCGCACGCGAGCCAUGCACAGCUGACCGCCGAUCCGGUACACAUACUCGCCACCAAUUGUAGCCCCGCGGCCACUGCCACUGCUGGUACGGCGGCUCACCUCGGCCGCAGGAGCGAGGAAAUGCUCGCAGAAGGGCUCAGCGAUGCGCUUGCCCUUCUCCCUGAAUCGUCUGGCGGCAGCGGCAGCAGCCGCGGCACCGGCACCGGCGCUGCAGGUGCCUCCACCAUCAUGAGCGCCAGGGACGACAAGGAGAAUGACAGGGAGAAGGAAAAGGAUAUAACAGUAGGCGAGCAGAGCGGCUCCACACACCCACAAACACAGUCUCAGUCGCGUGCACAUUCACGCACCUCGUCCACGGCAGCCGCCUCGCCGCGUCGCAUGUCCAGCAGCACAUCCAUGAGCCCCGCCGGCUGCAGCAACAGCGACUCCAGCGCCUGCAGCGGCGGCGGAAACGUAGGCUCGGCGGCGUACAGCCACGCGCAUGCAAAUGCGCAACAUCAUCCGCACCCACCCGCACAUGCACACGUGUACGGCUUGUCGUCCGGCGCGGCACUCCCGCCGGCGCAUGGUCAUGCCGGGCGCCGCGCUGGAGGCUGGCGCGGCUCAGCGGUGCUUGCGAGCUCCAGCGCGCGCAUCGUCCAGAGCCCCUCACAGCAGAGCGCCGUCAGCCUCAGCCUGUCUGGCGGUAGCGGUGCAGGUAGUGGCGGCAGCGGUGCAGGUAGUGGCGGCAGCGGUGCAGGUAGUGGCGGCACAGCGCCAGCGGCGAACAGCUCGGCUGGCGGGGGCGAUUGGGUGCAUCCAUCGCAUGGCCGCGGGAGCUUCGAUGGCGGGGACAACGCCGGUGGCAGCAUCGGCACAGGCACGGGGAGCGGUAGCGUCGGCUUCGGCGGCGGCGGUAGCAGCGAGCGCAGCGGCUGCGGCGCAGCAUCAGGAGGAGGCAGCGCGAGCACCGACAGCGGCAGCGUCAGGACGACGGGAGGCUCGAUGAUCGACAUCGCGAGCUCAGUGCACGCGUGGGACUUUGCGGACCACCCGCCGCACGCCACUGGCAGACCCGCCAGCUCUCCGCCCGGCGCGCUCGCACACCUCCCCCCCCUUAUUCCCUUGCCCGCGUCCGCGUCUGCUGGGACUGCUGCUGCUGAGCCAUCCGUGCCACCAGCAGCAACGGCGGCGCUGGCGGAGGGAAACAGGAAACCCGCAGCAAAGGGUCCCGCUCGCGAGCUGGUGCAACACGAAGCUAGAGGAGACGGCGACAGCGGGGGCGUACUCGAGGGUAGCAGCGAGGGCGAAUGCGCCGACGCCUGUGACGAGUCGGCCGAGCAGAGCAUGAUGACCGACCCGCCGCUGUAUGGUCCGGGCGAUGAGGGACAGUACGACUGGGCAAACUUUGUCUUUGCCUACUCGCGCGGGCGCUGGGAUCCGCUGCGCCUACCGCGCCCGCCGGGUAGGUCGAGCCUAUACCCCGGCAUCCUGACGCGCAUUUCGCUCAACGGCACACCCGUCGCAGACAUUAAGGUGCUCGGUGGGCGCCGGCCCAGCCUUGAGUAUGCCAGCUCCGACGGCGGCGGCAGCGCAAGCGGCGCGGUGCUCGAGCUCGCUGCGCAGAAUGCAGUCAGGAUGGCAAAGGAGAAAGACGAGGUUGUCGCUGGCGCCGGGCGGAGCUCGUCGUCCGCCACAGCAGUAACUGAGGGAAGCAUAGAGUCGCCGCUGCUCGCCAAACAGCGAGACAAAGCAGCUAUCGAUGAUGACGCUAACACUACAGCCGCGGCUGCGGCACACGCUGCUGCUCUCCGCAGCCCGUCGCAGCGGGCCGUGCCGGCAACUCCAGAGCUGGACCACCUUAUCCACGCCAGCACCGAGAGCGCGUGGAACGUCCCGACGACCAACAAGAUCGAGGCAUGUGAGAAGGAGAAGGCACAGCGCCUCCAGCACAAGCAGGAGCCCUUUGGCGCCGGCGCUAUUGCAGCCUCGGAAGCGGGAGCGGGAACGGGUGGUGGCAUCUCCAAGCCUUUGCACAGCAAGACACCCCCGACGCCCGUUUCGGCCGGGCAGGACGUGCUGGACUACGUGCAGGGUCUCAACUGCCCGGCCAAUCUGUCGCACGACCGCGAUGAGUGUCUCUGGCAGUCGGAACAGAAGUAUCAGCAGCGCCGCCACGAGGCGUCCAGUAGAGCAAAGCGGCAGCAGCAACAGCAACAGCAGGGGUCCGGCGGGGAUGGUGUCGCGUCAAAGUCUACACCGAGUGGGCUGCUGCUCACUGGUCGGCGUGCCGCCGUCCACGAUGAAGACGAAAAGGACGAGGAGGGCAGGCAGGCGCCGCAUCGACCGCAGCCAACUCCGUUACAGCCCAUGCCUGUGACGUUCCUCUCGGAGCCCGCAUAUGGCUGGGACUCAGUCCCGGAGGGGACGAGCACGACGUUGGAGCAGGUCAUGGCGCGCCAGGCCUCGCAGGGCAGCCAGGGCGACGCGCCCUCACUCUUCCUGGCAUCGGACGGCGGCAGCGCCCUGGACAACACGACACUCGACGGCCUGCGCCGCGCUGCGCGUCGUGCCAGCUUCGAGCGGCGCGCCGCCACGCUCCCGCUGAAGAACUCGGACGGCAAGCUGCAGCCGCACAGCCUCAGCUUCCCGCCCAACCUAUCCAAGGCCAAGGCGAUGAUCAGGCCCUACGGCAUCCUGCGCAUGACCGAGGCGAAGCUUGGCGUAUCGUGGACAACGACAUCCGCAUGGCCCAUAGCCAAGCAGGUCGCCGGGCCGCAACAGCCGGCCCGCGAGGAGCCGUUCUCGUCCAUCAGCAACAGCGCUUCGAUGCAGGACGUGACGGCACACGAUCGGCACAGCCACGAGCAGAGACAGGGCGCAACGCCGAUGCGACUGAACCCUCCAAGUGGCUCGCUCGCGGGCCGCGAGAUGCUCGAUCGCUCCGCCACAACCGACGGCAGCGCGCCCACGUCGUAUGAUGACCUGCCUCCAACGCGUCCAUCCCAUCGUAAAAGAUCUUCGUCGUCCGGCGGCGAUGCGCGCGGAGGCGGCAGCAGCAGCAACAGCAGCAGUAACGCGCAAUGCAACUCGCCCAGCAAAGGCGAAGACGACGCAGGCGAUGCAGGCGGAAGUGGCACGGGUGCGAGCGCAGGCGCAGGCUCGACGAUCAACACCUACGUCGCCGCUGGUCGACAAGCGGAAGCAUUCUUCCGCGAGAACGGCUACCUACCCGCCGUACCGCCUCCAAAUGAACUCGACCGAAGGAAAGCGCUACGGCGCUACGGCCCGCCGAAGCUCUCCGGCAACGCGAACUUCGACCGCAUUGCGCACUUGGUCAAGCUUGUGUUUAACACCAAACUCGUCCUCAUCAGCCUCAUCGGCGAGCGAGAGCAGAUCUUCCGCACUGAGAGCGGAGGCGGCGGCGACUUGAACCUCAACACCCUGCAACGUCUUGCCGGGUCGCGUGAUUGCUCGUUCUGUGGGCAUGCCAUCCUGCAGGAUGGAGAUGAGCCAAUUGUAGUGCUGGACGCAGCAAAGGACUGGCGCUUCGCUGGCAACCCGCUUGUCACGAGCGUGCCCAACAUUCGCUUUUACGCCGGCAGCCCCCUGCGCACCGCUGAUGGCUACAAUAUCGGAAGCCUGUGCGUCAUCGACAACCGGCCAAGGGACGAAUUCAGCCCGCGGCAACGGCACACGCUGCGAGAGUUCGCGCGGAUCGUCAUGCGCGAAAUGGAGCUGCUGCGAGAUCGCAUGCACUUCGAAGCGAGGGACCGCAUGCAACACUCGAUCGAGAAUUUCACACGAGAAUGCCUGGAGAUGGACUUGGAGGAGUCGACGGAUGGCGAGGUGCAUGUUGCCCAGGGUGCCAGACGUAUCUAUGGCUUGGCGGCCGAGACAAUGCAGGAGGCGCUGCAGGCCAACGGAGCGGUCGUCUUUGACCUUUCGCACUUUGAACUGAUCGAGUCUUUUCCGCCAGACUCGGAAGAUUCCAGCACGAAGAUCUUCUUCCCGAGUCCAUACUCGCAUCCGGACCUCAAGCCGUUCGCGAGUACGGAUAAGCCUGACGAGCUAGACGUGGUCGACAGCCCAUUCUGGGACGGGUCGCACAAGGGUGGUGCCCUCAAGAGUAAGCUGGUACCGCCUAUGAUCGUCCUCGGAACAAGCGAGGACCAAGAGCCUCCUCUGGAACGAGCAGAUCCUGUGCCCUUAUCGCAUCACGUGCAGGUUGCUCAGUUCCUCAGAGCGCACCCCGCUGGCAGGUUCUACCCGUACACGCCGACGCCACUUCGGCACCUGCUUCCCGACGGCAUCUCGCGCCUACUGGUCGUGCCUAUCUUCGGGCUCAAUCGCCAGCCGUUUGCCAUGCUGUGCACGUACUCGCUCUCGACCGAGGAAGGCUCGGCAUUGGAGGAGCUGAAAGAAACGGGGCUGCAGUACUUGCGAGCGAUCGGCAUGAUCAUUCUCAGCGCGGUGCUCCGCAAAGACAUCAUGCUUGCCGACAAGGCGAAGAGUCAUUUCAUCUCAAACAUCUCACAUGAACUCCGGACGCCACUGCAUGGAAUUCUCGCUGCGGCAGAGCUGUUGGCCGAGACCAAAUUGAGCGCGACGCAAGGAUCCUACCUGGACACGGUUGAGGCUUGUGGCAAGUCGCUGCUUGAGCUUGUCAACCACGUGCUGGACUUCACCAAGCUCAGCGGGUCAAGUCGCUCAAAGGGCUUGCCUUCGCACAACAAGACCAAAUGUGACCUGGUGCGAUUGGUGCAGGAGGUCUGCGAGAGCAGCUGGAUUGGUCAGAUGGCGAAAACUCUGGGAAUGCAGAGCAACUCGGGCAUCGGAUCGCUCUAUGCUCCUCCAGAAAGCAAGAUCGCCUCUGUCGCUGCGGUACCGCAAAAGCUGGUUAACAAUGACGUGGAGACGGUCAUCGAGAUCUCGUUCCGAGAGAAUGGCUGGCUGGUCAACUGCGACACGGGUGGGAUCCGGCGUGUGCUCAUGAACUUGAUUGGCAACUCUCUUAAGUUCACUUCUGCAGGCUUCGUGCAUGUCUCUUUGCGGGAGCUCUCUAGCACUGAUACGCACAUCAUCGUCGAACUCGGCGUCACCGACACUGGGCGGGGCAUUUCCAGACACUUCUUAGAAGAGCAGUUGUUCCACCCCUUCACGCAGGAGAAUACCCUCGGCACCGGUACAGGCCUUGGGCUUUCCAUCGUCAAUAGCAUUGUUCAGUCGCCAGCGAUGAACGGCAAGAUCGACGUCUGGAGUACAGAGGGACAGGGUACUGAAAUCAAAGUCACUUGCGAGCUAGAAAAAGCCACGGCACAAGAGAUGGAAGGUGUGGUCUAUACGUCAAGCUUGGACGUUGCCGGCGAGUAUUCAUUCUCGCUGCUCGGUUUUGGAGAGCCGCGAGGUCAACAAGAUCUCAAGGAGGUCCUGCUGGGCUACUUGUGCGGCUGGUGGAAGUUUGCGCUUGCCGAAGAGAGUGUCGAAAGGGUGGCGGACAUGGUUAUCAUCAAUGAGGACGUCAGUCUGCUCGAAGCACUGCACGUGUCAGCCUCCAGCUCGCUGCCACCUGCGAUCAUUCUGACCAGCUCACGCGGCGGGCAAGAGAUGGCAAAUGCGUGCAACAUCUACCACGAGGCCGGAGGCGUAGCGCGGAUCCUGUUCAAGCCUUGCGGUCCAGCCAAGCUCGAAGCGGUGGUUGAUUUCUGCCUGCAGUGUGUCGAACGCACCCGUGAGGGCAAGCCACCAUUGGAGGAAGCCACGAAGGCGGACACACCGCUUCCGUCUCCAAAUGCGCACAACAUUAGCGUCAUCAAUGAAGAGAACCAGGACUAUUUUACGCUCGAGAAGCACGACAAGGAGUUGGGCGAAACCGACGACACGCCCGAAGCGAACCCCGACAUCACUCCACGCGGGCUUUCACACCAUUCCAAUGCCUCGCAACUGCAUCCCGAAGGCUUUUACAUGUCACCACCAGCUCCGAACCCGGGAUCCUCAAAUGCAUCACUGAUUCGGCGUCACUCUGCAGAAGACAAGUGGCGAUCCGGCCGCGUCAUGAAUGAUCCUAAAGAAGUCCCAGCCGCGAAGCGUCCGCUUUUGCCCGCAAGGAGUAUCACCUACCACGAGCCUCGAUUGCACAAGCACGUGCUCUUGUCCCCCAUGUCGCGAGAUCGGCUCGGAGAGGGAGAGAACUCCGACUAUUUCGCAGAUGUCAAUGGAAGUGGUAACGCUUCUUCACCAUCCACCACACCGGGGUCCACUGUGAGCCUGGAGGGGGGUGAAGGAACGAUUCUCAAGAACGUUGUCCACCCUGCCCGACCUCCGGGCGCGCCAGCUCCUCGCAAGCGAAUGCAGAUUCUCUCGGUUGAGGACAAUCCGAUCAACCGCAAUGUGAUUGCAGCCUUCCUUGAGAAAAUUAAUGUCGAUUAUGCCGAGGCUGUCAAUGGAGAAGAAGGUGUCAAGAUAUUCGAGGCUCAUCCGCCGAAUCAUUUCGAUGUCAUCCUCAUGGACCUCUCGAUGCCUGUGCUCGACGGAAUCGGCGCCACAGCUGCGAUUCGCCGAGUUGAAGCCGAGCGGUACACCGCGUCUUUGGCCGCCAGUGCCAACUCGAACACUUCCUCUUCAUCGUCCACAGGUGCAUCCAGUCGCGUUCGACCAAUAUUGCGUCACCAGAGCCCUCGAAGCCGCGUCAAGAUAUUUGCCUUGACGGGUCGAUCAUCGGAUGAGGACAAGCGUAUGGCUUUCGCUACUGGUGCCGAUGGCUACAUUGUUAAGCCGCUGAGUUUCAAAGUACUUUCGUCGUUGCUCAAAAUGCUCUCGCAGUAAAUCGAAUGGCAUUUACACUGUUCUUCUACUUUAGCGCAUGCCAUGUCACGCAACAGCGCACCGCUCGCGCCCAGUAUUGGCAUAUUUUGUGUACCGUCGACAUUUGCCCCCAUUUGACUGCUUACUAGCGGCCGCAGUUUCAUGCAUAUCAGGCUAGCUUGCAAUUUAUAUUUAGAGAGC